GCAGUACGAGGGUGUUUCGAGCCUCAACUCUGGAAAACAAGGAGGGUGGAAACAGGGAUAGAGUUGAGAAGUAAGCAGGGAUAGAACUAGAAAUACGACAAAGGCAGCAUGGUUAGAGUCCAGGGUAAGGACAGGAAGAGCAACCAGGAGAUGUCGGGCUUUUUGUCUUGAAAUAGCUAGAAAAACCUCAAGGUAGAGGCCGAAGGGGGUUGGGGGGACAGAGAUCAACCGCAAAUUCAGAAUGCCUCUCAGGUUCUGGGGGCGGGGCGUAGGGAGAGGGGUGUGCCGUGACCACACCCAGAGCUGCCAGUCCCGCGCUUUCGAAAGCUCAGCUGGAGUUUACUGCGUGAACCUGUGAAAGGACCGACGAAUGAAUGACCCUCCUACCAGGAUGGGGGUCCUGGAUCCCCACGGACCUACGGAUCCCGCGGACUUCCCCGGCAGCCUGGGGCGCACAGGGUCCGUUCUGCGAGUUCUGGGGCGCGGGACUCCCCUGGCCGCGGACGUCCGGAAUCCCAGGGCGGCGGGGGCGAGCGGAAGCCGGCGCGGUGACCACGAGAACCGCCGGGCCGGGGAGAAUCCGGGCUCUUUGUCCUGGGUCAGAGAGAAAGUGCUCUUUCUUCUUCAUCCAGAGCGGGGGCUGGGGACUCAAGGGGAUCCUGCCCGGGAAGAGGCGGCCGGUGAGGAGGACCUUCCCCAGGCUGAUGAAAACGACCGGGAACCCGACUGCCCUUCUCUUAUCUUCCCACGAGAAAAGCCAAUCACUGGCAGCCGUGUAGACUCUCGCUCUGGACCUCCGCCGCGGGACCCCGCAGCCUCACCCAAAUCCGUGCUCGUGCGGGUCGUGGAUUAUCAGGUGACACAAGAAGUCCUGUGGACCGCGUGGACGAAGGGCUGCAUGACCACACGGACAGAGGAGCGUUCCAUGACCGCGGUCACUUUUCUCACCAACAAGGAGUAAAGCAGGUUGUGGGGGCGCAGGGACCCCUGGAGAAUCCCGCGCUCUCUUGGCACGGAGAAAGGCACCCCGCGUCUACGCGGAGAGACGAUCUUUUCAGGUUCUGGAGGAUCUUGAUUCCCCCAGGAGAUUAAACAGGAAGGAGGAGCCCGAGGUAAAUUCGGGGCUGGUGGAUGAGCAAUAAUCCUCAAGGAAAGAAAAUGUUCUUCCGGGAACCCCAACCUGCAACUAACCGACAGCAAGGACCUUUUUAAGAGGAUGGCGCAGCGCUUCGGGAUGGCAGAUGAUGGCACACAAUACAGAUUGAAGAAUUGUAAGCAACAUAAUACCUCUAUCAUGACUUAAAUACAGUGAAGGUCUGGGGACUUAAGUCAUACAGAAGAGGGGAAGAAAAGUUAUUUUGAAUUUAGAAAAACGGGAGUUUUGAAAUAAGAAAAUCUGUUGUUAUUUCUCAUUUUGCAAUACCUCUCGUGAUCAUUUGAUCAUUUUUUUGCCUCCCCACUUUCUCUUUAAGACCUAAAAGCAGAAACGAAGUUUGAGGGCUGCUCUGUAAAGGGGGUGGGAGUAGAUGGCGAGAGAUUUGUCUUAAAUUUGAAAAAGCAAGUAAAAAGAAUCGGGAAAGUGAAAGCAACAAGUAAACGAUUUUUUCUUUUCUUUAUACUCUCUUCUGAUGUGCACAUUUUUCUGUCCCCCCUUCAACAUUUAAGUGUUAGGAAGAAAAGAGGAUCAAGGAAAAGAAGGUGGGGGAGGGGGACAGAAAACAGCUUUAAAGGCAAAAUCUCUUUAAAAGGGCUUUACCCCAAAGUGUCUAAUUUAGUCUAGUAAAAAUGAUUUUAAUAUGAAUUUUUAAAUUAUUUUAAUUUUUAAAAUACUGCAGAUAAAUCUGCUGAUCUAAAGGUGGAUAGAAAUGUAUAGUUUGCCAUAAAAGGACUAUAUAUCUUAUUCUUGUCCAUAGCUCUUUAUUAAUAAGAUUUGGAGUCAGGACUGAAUUAAAAAUGCAACUUUCUUGAUGCCGUUGAAAAGAAAUUUCUCCUGGUGCUAUGGAAACAACUCAUUUUUAGUUUAAUUAUUCCUCUUUUUAAAUAAACACUGACUUUAUUAACCUUUUGGUAGCGUGGCCUGGUUUGGAAAUCUGUGAGAAGCAGAGCACUCCCUCCAGAGAUAAACUGCUUGACUUCAGUGCUGCUAAAGGGGUGGUAUUCAGUCACUGCAAGAAGUAAGGGACCAGUGGGACUUUGGCUUUCGAAGAGUAAAUUGUUGAACAGUGUGCCCACUCCUCCCUCUAUGCCCCUUGUUCUCAGUUUAGAGCUUGAAAUGCCCUCAAAAUUAUCAUCUGAUCCACUUCUUGUCUCCUAGCAGACUAGAUAGGUAAGAUAUAUCCCUGUUUUACUGAUGAGCCAGCCUAGGCCUAGAGGUCAUGUGGAUUGUGUAAGUCACACAAUGAGUAAUGGCAUGUGCUUACUAAAUAGACAAGAAUAUGGUCACCUCUUUCCUAAAGACUGAGAAUUGCCUUUGGAGGGACUUCUAGAGAGUCAAAGUUGACUGAGGGCAUCCUAGGUUUUCUGACGCAUGUUUGUAAGAAGUACUAGAAUCACCUUGAUGUCCCUGAGUCCUGCAAGGCCUGUUGGCUGGAGAGUUACCACUAACAGUUCUCAGGCCCAUGAGACCCUCACUUGGGAGAGGAAUUUAGGACCUGAGCUUAUCUGUGUUCAAAACUAUUUGGUAGGUAGAAAAGGUAAUAUAGGCCCCAAAAAGUGAAUUAUCUUUUUUCUUCCAACAACCCUGCCUGACUCCUGUGUAAGGUUAAACUUCUUGGCAGACACAUUUCAGAUGUGACUUAAUAAAUUUGGUUGAGAGUCACAUGCCUCAUGGAAUUGAGCAUUGAAUAUAGUCAACACGAAAAGCCUCUUUAACAUUGACCAAAAAUGAUAGCAUCAUUUGGAGGCAACUCUCGAAUUUAGCUUCUUGGGUUCAAAACUGCUCUACCUCUUACUUACUGUGUCUUUGGGCAAAUUCUUGAUCUCUGUGUGUCUCUGUGCCCUUAUUUGUUAAAUAGGAAUAAUAAAUAUUGUCGA